ACAUUAUGCAUGUAAAUUUGAAGUGGAUAUAUACUGGAAGUAUAUUAAAUAACAAAGACAAAAGUGUCACAAUUCUUACUUCCACUCACUGUAAAUCACAUAAAUAACUUUUGAAACAUGAACAUGAUGGUGACAAUAGGUGACUUAAAAGAUUCAUUUAGCUUUGGAUUUAUUAAGUGUAUCUUCACUCUGGAGGAGCCACAGUUUCCUUGUAUUAGAGGAUUAUUUACCAUUUCAAAUGAAUAAAUCUCCAUUGUGCUGGUGUGUGUGUGUGUGUGUGUGUGUGUGUGUGAGUGAGAGAGAGAGACAGAGAGAGCGAGCGAGCGCGCGCACAAGCGCUAUAGAUCAAUGAGAAUUAGAAAGACAAAAACUUAAACCGCUCUAUUAACAAAUGGAGAGAACUAAUUCCAAAAUCAUUUUUAACAAAACUAGACAUUUUGGAAGCACGGGCAAAAGGGUGCUGUAUAACUCAGUAUCAUAGUGAGAGAAGAUAAUAUAUAAUAUAAAUGCCACAGAGAAAAUGCUUUUAAAUUAGUCAAGAUGCCUGAUGGAAGAGGCCAAAAUUCUACGUUUUACGUUCUAUGACUAUUUCACAUUCUGGAGACACCAAGCAAAUGAGGUAAGAAAAUAAAUUCAUUCUUAACUGCUCCAGCCAGAAUAACCAUACAAUAACUCUUCACUGUGAUCCUUUAUCCAUUUUCUGCAAUAUAAUUACCAAAUAUUUUGUGAUUUUGCAGCAAAACUAAAUUCAGGAAUAUAUGACAAAAAUUUGUAGAAUUUUUACAAAUAGGGUUGGAUUGGAAGGAUAAUUUUUUUUCAUGUUGUUUUAAGGAUGAAGUGAUGGUUGUGUUUGGAAUCUUUGGAGCGCUAUGUAGCUCACUGACCAUGAAACUGAUAAUCCUUUGCUGCUUUGUGGUGCUCUCCCAGACCCAGCCUCCACCUUCUCUCUCCCUCCCAGUCCAAAUCUCUGUCCUUCCCCCAUGGCACUCUCUCAAUGUGUCUCAGGCUGAUCUGAGCCUCCUCUUCACCAACUCCAGCCCUUUCUCCUUUACGCAGUCUCUGCUGCUUAUGCCUCCUGUAGGAACUGAUUCUAAACCAGUCCUCCAUGCUACUUUUGGUCCUUACUCUGUGACUCAGCUUGUUUCUGAACCUUUAGCUCCGUUUUCUGUACCUCCCGUCGCAUACCUGCUUUCCAAAACAGUUGAACAAAAGUGGGAAGCUGAACGAGGGGAAGGUUUUACAGUCAGAGUGUUGUUCCACAUGAAAGGUGACUCAAGCAGAAGAACAUGUAUGAGCCUUCAUGCUUUCAAACAGACAGAAGAACAGAAAGCAUCCUGCAUUGCUCAGCCUCCUCUAGGGUUGUGUGUGGUCACCCUGACUUUACCCAAAGACUGGUUUAAGCCUGAUCAGAUGGUUCAACCACACCAGAGCCAAAGAUUCAGACAACGCCAUCCAAACAGACCCCGAUCCCGUAACCACAGCCCAUGGGGACCAAACUUCCCAGCAUCUCUAAAGGCGAAACCUGGAAUCCUUACUGAUAUGAUCCAGCUCUACUACUCUUCUUUUGGCAGUGAAACCAACCACAAGAUGUCACCUCCUAUAUGUGUUGCAGACAAACAGUCACAGAGAAAACUGUACUACAUUGCAUCUCUGGCUCUUCCUGAUAAAGAAACCAAAAGUAACAAAACAAUGCAAGGUUUUUCCUGCUCCAAUGAACUUGAACAGGAUGAGCUAUGGCUGAAUUCAGAUGUACUGAUUUACUAUAACAAGGGGCCUGUGCGAGCUGGACAACCAGUUGGAGUCUCAUUAAAUCUAAGGGCGACUUUUAGUAGAGAUUUCCUCAUUGUGAAGCUUAAAGUGAAGAAAGGGUUGCUGUCACUACAAGCCCAUCCAAACAAAAUCUCUCACCUGUGGGCUGUUAAAGUGGAGAAGACAUCAGGCUCCAAACAUGACACAAUUUCCAUAAUCUCUCACAGAACUGGUAUUGUUCGGGACAUAAGUGGCACCUCGGCUCUGCAACUGGUGGCCUGUCUCUCAGUUGAAGGCUUAUACAGGAGCUUUGGAGUUGCAAUGACAGUUCCAGUAAAUUGGUGGGUGGAGGACACAAUGUACAACAGACUGGUUUCAACACAUGGGGCAGUAACAACUUUCUUCUCCUUUGUGGACAGAGAGAUAGUGGGCAUUGCUCCCAUCACAGUGAGCAACACAAUAAUGAACACAGCCAUCUUGUCUAGCAAACCAGUUUCCCUCCCAGUCAUAGUACUAGCGGUUGGGCAGGAUGGCAAAGUAUUAGAUAUUACCGCAGCAGUAAACUGUCAAUCAGCCAAUGAAGACAUUGUCAAGGUAUCAAGUGAUUGCUCUGCUGCUUAUGUUGAUGGAAGUGAAUCCGGGGUGGGCAGUACCUGUGUAGAGGUGGAGUUUUCUCUUGGCAUGCUCAGAGGUUCUUUAUGCCUAUCUGUGUGGGCUCCAGUAGUUCCUCUCCGUAUCUCUCUCUCUGACACUGUCCUGAGCCCCAUUAAGGGCUGGAGCUACUACAAAGACAGCAGAUGCAUUCCAGUUUAUCAAAGGGCCACUGUACAGAUUCUUGCACAAUUCAGUGCCCAGUCAGCCCAGGGACAACUUACCUACAUGCUUGGAUCACCGGACUGGUUUGUGGAUGUAACAGACCUGGUUCAUGAUUGCCUGAGGAUAGAGAACUCUCGUGUCGCAGCUCUUCAUGAGCAAAAUUAUGUAAUUGGAUUAGAGCCUGGAUUUACUUCACUAAAUGUGAUAUCUAGUCAGUGGGAUGGGGUGCUUGGCACUGCUGAUGUCAUUGUGACCUCUGAACCUGUGGCCCCUGGUGACCUUUCUGUACAUUUAGUGGGUGGUCUUGGUCUGUCGGUCAAAUCAAGCUCUUCAAAUCCUUCUGUCAUCAUAGCAACUGUGACUUCUUAUAACACACUCUAUAACCACGGACAAGAAGCUUCUUUUAGUGUUUGGCUACAGUUUGGUGAUGACACUGCCAAUCUGCUCUCUGCAUUUAGUGAAAUACCUUUCUCUCUACAUUUAUCCUCACUGGCUGAGUCUGUGGUUGCAAUAACACCUGCCCCAUUGCAGCGUGUCCUUGCACAAGGAGAUGGUGGAGGGCCACUUGUGAAAGCAGAGCUUCUGGUCUCCACCUGUGAGCUCGUGUCUACCCACAUUGAGAUGGAUGAUAUCAAAGAGAGAGGUUGGACUCAGAGACUGGCCAAAGGAUCAGGCUGGAUAAGGGUGAACCUAGAUACAGACUUCUGGCCUCUAGAAAGUGAAGAUUCUGACUUUGAGAUGACCGAUGCAUCAGAUACAUUUUCAGAGUUAGACACAAAUGUGUAUCGUAACUUUGAACAGGAACAAGCAACCCCUAAGUCCACUAACUAUGAUGAAAAUACAAGCAAUUACAUGAUUGCCUGGGAUGAUUUGGAGCGGGCAGUGUUGACACCCAACCAUGAAGAAAAUGCAGUGGAUUUUUCUCCUGAUGUUGAGAAUGGAGGAGGGAAAAUUGCAAACCGAGAGUUAGUAUUUGGAGUUGGGGCUGUCUUCUGUUUGCUAUGUAUCUCCUCCCUUCUGUUCUUAGUCAACUUCAUGCCACGUGUGAUGAGGGAACUUGGGAAGAGACAAAGUAAAGAAAUGAGGAAACAGACAGAGGGAGAGGCAUUUUCUCAGGACGAGGAGAAUGAUGAUAAGAAAUCAGGACAAUGGGACAUGGUAAGGAGAGAUGAUGACAGUGGACCAAAGAUGAUUUUGUAAAUACCCAUCUUUCUGCACUGACAAACACUUGUCCUUAUCUGCCUCAGAUGAGAUAAAAAUUUUCAGUUGUGAAUUAUAAUAAAGUAAAAUAUUGUCUUGCCUGCAGUUUAACAUAAACAUAAAUAUGCCAGAUAAUCUAUCCUCCUUUAUGUUUUCACCAAACACCAAAAACAUUUGAUUGUUUUUGUAGGCUACUUUAAAUGUGUAUUUGACAUUUUCAUGUAUAAUAAUCCAUAAAGCAAAUUUUGCUGCUUAGCCAAAUCUUAUGUAUACCUAAGGUUUAAAAAAAAUAACAAUAAAAAAGUGUGUGAAAAAAUAUAUUUCCACUGAACUAAUGUUCCUCAAUAAUUUACAUUUUCUUGCUGAUACUAAUAAAGGAGAAGUUUGUCAUUU